AUGGAAUUCCUACAGAAAUUGGAGGCUUGCAAAAUCUGGCAAACCUUUCUUUUGAGACACAACAAGUUACAAGGAGAUAUACCUGACUCAAUGAGCAACAUGGUAGGUUUGGAAUUCCUAGACCUUUCUCACAAUAAUAUAUCUGGAAUCAUUCCUAAGUGUUUGGAGAAACUUCAAAACUUGAAGUAUUUCAAUGUUUCUGUCAACAAAUUGUAUGGUGAAAUACCCUCUGGGGGUCCUUCCAAGAAUCUAUCGAGUCAGUUUUUCAUCCACAAUGAAGCACUGUGUGGUUCUUCAAGAUUUCGGGUCCCGCCAUGCCCCACUUCAUCAAAGCACAAAUCAAAUAGGGAAAAAUUUCUUGUUCUUUUUCUUUUGCUCGCAAUUGCAGUUGUAUUUGUUACUAUGGACUUUGUGCUCCUAUGGAUAAGGUAUAGAAGAGGUAAAAGUGCGCCUCAACAAGCUGAGUCAUUGUCUAACAUAACACGAGAAAGAAUUUCAUACUAUGAACUGCUCCAAGAAACGGAUGACCUUAGUGAGAGUAAUUUGAUUGGUUUUGGAAAUUUUGGCUCUGUUUACAAAGGUAUUCUCAGAAGUGGAACUGCCAUUGCAGUUAAAGUGUUCAAACUGCAAAUGGAUGCGGCAUUCAAGAGUUUUGAUACGGAAUGUGAUGUUUUGUGCAGCCUUCGUCAUAGGAAUCUCGUUAAAGUCAUUACUAGUUGUUCCAAUCUUGAUUUCAAGGCUUUAGUGCUCGAGUAUAUGCCUAAUGGAAGCCUUGAGAAGUAUUUCUAUUCACACAACUACUUCCUUGACACCAAUCAGAGACUAAGCAUAAUGAUAGAUGUGGCAUGUGCUUUGGAAUAUCUUCACCAUGGGUGCUCGUUGCCUGUGAUUAACUGUGACGUGAAGCCUAGUAACGUCUUGCUGGAUGAAGAUAUGGUUGCCCACCUCAGCGACUUUGACAUCUCAAAACUGCUUGGUGAAGAUCAGGGUGAUUUGUACACUAAAACCAUAGCAACGUUAGGCUAUAUUGCACCAGAGUAUGGACUGGAUGGACUAGUGUCAACAAAGUGUGACGUAUACAGCUACGGAAUCAUGUUGCUGGAAACGUUUACUAAGAGAAAGCCUUAUGAGUUUGAGGGUGACCUUAGCUUGAAGCAUUGGGUGAGUUAUUCACUCCCAGAGGCAGUAAUGGACGUCGUAGAUGUCAACUUGGUGACACCAAUUGGCAAUCGCUUACAGAAGGAGCUAGAUGUUGUGGCAUCAAUCCUGAAAGUGGCAUUAGAUUGUUGUGCUGAAUCUCCGGCGAGAAGGACUAACAUGAAAGAUGUUGUAGCAAUGCUGCAGAAGAUCAAGAUUCAACUUCUUGCAUGUUGA